AUGCCUCCAAGUCUCGGGGUUCUCGAUAUCUCCGCCCUCGCCAAGGUGACACGGGAUGUAUACAACCAAUGCCAUCUCCUCGCGAAGGGCGCUCCCGAAGGAUUCCAGAAGCUGAUAACUGAGCUGGGCUCGUUACAUGGCAUUUUGUGCACCUUCGGUGACAAGUUGUGUUCCAAUGCAUCCUUCUUCGAGAAGAUGGAUAAGGAUCGCAAACAGACAUUAGAACGAUCGCUCGGUACUUGUCUCGCGACGCUACAGCGAUUGAAAGAACUCCUUAACCCGUUCAAAAGCUUUGAGACUGGUGAUUGCAAUGGCUUCUGGCAAAAGAUUAGAUGGGCGGCGCAACGAAAUCAGAUUGAGGAUAUCAGAUCUAAUAUCAUGGUGCACGCUUGCAAUCUGAGCCUAUGUAUAAAUUCUAUGGGGAAUGACUCGCUUGUUCGUAUAGAAAAAAGAAUGGUUCUGGCGAUCGAAGAGGAUAAACAGAUUGUUCUCAGCACAGAGGCGUCACCUGUUCGGGAUACAGACUCCGUUGUCUCACCGAUGAGCCCAGGCCUAGGCGUGGUGGAACUACCAGCUAACAACGAAGAAGAGUGCGAAAUCAAUAUAAUCAAGGAGGUUCGUUCCAGAAUGGCGGAGCUGGCUAAUAAUAGGAGCUCUAUGGGGAGCAGCAGCAAGGUCAGACAUGCAUCCAUAUCCUCCGAAUCGGCGAUAACUGAAUCCGAUGAUUCGCUCCUCGACGUUAACUCGCGGACUUCUUGGUUAUCCUUGAGUACCUCACCAUUCCUACCUCAGGCCCGAAUAAAUCAUAGGCGAAUGCGCAGUGAGCAGCUUCUCUUUGGCGGCUUCAUUGACGGUCGGGCAAUCGAUGGUGGAAUAUGGGCGAAUGACCCCGACUUGACGGAGAAACAAGUUGUACAUCACAGUCGAUCCUACUCAGAUGCUGGCUAUGGUAAUCCUCAGGUUAUCGAGGCCGUGACGUCGGCUAUGCAACAUGUUCGUGAUGUGCGACACCAGGAGCAUAUCCCAAGGCCAAUACGUUUUGAGCCGCAGAACCAACUACACAGACCAACUGCAGAAACGUUAAAAAUAUUCGAGGCAUCAGUGAAUGAAGGGUUGCAGAUCACGAGGCUAAUCACAAGAGACUGGCUUCGCGUGGCGACUUGGUGGUUGUUAAAAGCGCGCGCAACUUUAGCAAAUUGCAACAGACAUAGCUAUGUCAGUGCCCGUAGUAGUCUGAGUCCCUCCAUGGAAUCAAGAUCAACGAGUCACCAAGCUUAUCUUGAUCUCCUCAAGGCUUCAUACAUUCUGUACGAUAUUGCUCUAGAGGAAGAUGUUUCUUCUGGUAUUUUGGUUGAUGAGGAUCGCAAGUCAAUUCUCGAGCUUUCUGAAGGUAUCAACGAAGAGCUUUCCCAAUAUACCUCCAUCGACAUCCCCGAACCGUCGACUUUACACGCCCAAAACCAUGCCAUUUGGGAGUCCAUGCAGCCGGAGGAAAUAUGGGAUGGCGGCAUUGAUCUAGACCUUGGCUUAGAUAAUCUGCGCUGGAUUGCCGUCGAUCUAGAGGAUGCAGGUAGCGAGCAUGAAAAGGUCCUAUACCGCACCUUUGUCAACGCCAGCAUCGGGGGCAAAAGGUCCCGCGUGCGCGCCAAGGGCACUCCCUACAUGCUCUUGUUGGUAACACGAGAAGGUGAAAGCGAACCCAAAAUAGUUUUUUGCAACCAAAGUGGCACUUUGUGUCUUGAACGGGACUUUGUACUGGAUGAUCUACCGCCCCUUGUUUACUUAUCAAAUGCUGCUUUGACCGGCUUCCCUAGCGCUCGAGUCUCAGAACCUGUGCCAUUCAAAUUUGAGAAUAUGAGCAUUUCGAUCUCUUUUCAAUUUGAUGGGGAUCUCGCACAAUUCAUCAAUAUUCCAAAAGCUUACUUUGACGCCGUAUGGCAGAGAGAGCCCGUCGAUGCAACCGAAUUUACGGAGAGCGUUAUUUUCAAGGCCUCAGUUGAUAUAUUCGAGCAGUUGAACACGCCGACCAUGAAAUCAAUGAACCCAUCUGUCGUGGUGAAAUCCUGCGAGGUGCGCAUUCUGGAACGGUCUUUCGGGGAAGCCUGGCGGUCUAUCCGGCGCAUGGUGAUCACGUCCUCCGCUGCUGAGAAGUCCCCGGGGACUAUGGAGCUUUUUAUGCCUCUUAGUGUAGUUCAGAUCAACCGAGGGAAAAUGUCCCUCCAGGUGCUCUUACAGUGGUCUGACACAUGUCAGGCACGAUCUGAUAAGACCGAUGGGAAUUACAAUACCUUGCAUUCCUACGUGUACGAUAACACUGCUCCAAAUAUCGGUGUCGGUCUACAAUUCAGCUCACAUCACGAGGCGGAAUAUUUUGAAAAAGCCGUCCUAGAAAUGAACUUGCGUCCGGAGUUUUCCUGGUCGUGGUCUAGUGGCUCCGGUCUCAUCUACAACGUGGUUGAUGCUGGCACUGAGCACAAGCAAUACAAAGCUGUACUAUUAUUCCGGACCCGUGCAUCAUGGCGAUAUUCAGACCUGUACUAUAUUUAUCGUGAUGCCGACUAUUCAUACGAUCACUCCUCGUUCAGCAUCCAUUUCCCGCGCGCCUACUGCACAGACUACCUCUCAACUCACGUCGAUCAGCUCUAUCAUCCAGAAAGCCCUGUCAUGUUCUCCUAUUGUGAUAAGAAAUUCAGCCAAAUAACCAUCGAGUUUGGCAAUGACCUUGAAGCCCGCUCAUUCCUCAGCUCCCUCUCUCCUCUGUACGAACUCCUCUACUCUCGGCGUAUCCACUCCCUAUCAACAAAAGGCAAUACCCUCUUUGGGUUCCAAAUGUCCGGCAAGGGUAACGCUGAUAUCCAACUAUGGCGUCGGGGAACGACUUUCCAACUUGCAGCACGGUGGGACGACUCCGUGCCAGACAAGUGGCUUACCAUGACUGUUCCGUCAGAGUUCAUCGAUUCCUCAAAAGAGAAUAGCCGGGUCAUCUUUCCGCGUCUUCCAUACUUGCGUGGUACGACACUAGACAUGAUGAAUGUUAUGGCUCGGAGUCCUAAGACCUCUAAUAUCAAAAACAAAGAGGGUACCGUGUCAAUCUCAUUUCAAACAAGCAAAGACCGAGACGAGUUUCUAGCUGUAUUACAAGGGCAGCAAUUGCCGAAGUUCCUAUAA